AUGGACGUGCCGCCACCUCCACCUCCGCCCCCUCCUCCACCGCCGAACGUCGAAGUGCCACCACCACCUCCGCCGACUGAAAACGCGGCAGCGGUCGUGGAGCCAGCAGCGAAGAAGCGAAAGCUCGGCUGGGCGGCAAAGCCUCUCAGUGUAGAAGAACUACUAGCUAAGAAGAAAGCCCAAGAUGAGGCCGCAGCGAAGCCGAAGUUCUUGAGUAAGAAGGAGCGUGAGCGACUGGCACUCGAGAAGCGGGAGAAGGAAGUCGCAGAGUCUCAGCAGCGGGAUGCGACCGGUCAGAAUGGUGUACCCAACGGCCAUACGAGCGCGCCAAAUGGCCAUGUGAACGGUAAAUCGAACGGCUAUACUAACGGCCAUGGGGGUCACCAUGCGCCUCCGAGCGGACCGCGGCGCGAGAGAAAUGCGAAUGCGCCACCGCCUACUGGUCCGGCCUCGAUGCGUCAAACCCCGAAUAAAGGCUACGAUAUGGCGCCCCCGCCUCCUCCGAAGCCUAUUGCCAUUGUCAACGGCGCGCAGACCGCCAAGAAGGCAUCAGAGACCGACGUGGAAGCGGAGAUGAUUAGGCAGCGCUACAUGGGCGCCGAUAUCAACGUCUCGUCUUUCUCCGCCAAGAAGAAACGUAAGCGAACGACGGAGAAGAAGUUCAACUUUGAGUGGAACGCUGAGGAAGACACGAGUCCUGACUACAACCCUCUGUAUGCGGCGCGAACGGAGAACGAUUUCUACGGAAGAGGCAGGCUGGGCGGCUUCGCGGAUCACAAGACGGACGAUGCUGCACGGCAAUAUGCUAAGGCGAUUGAGGAUCGCGAUCCGGAGGCUGGACGUGAGCGGGCGCUGGAGCUUCUGGAAAUGGAGCGGAGAAGGCGGGAGGAAUCUAGCCGAACAGCGAUCGACAAGCACUGGUCGGAGAAGCGGCUGGACCAGAUGAGAGAGCGGGACUGGCGCAUCUUCAAGGAGGACUUCAACAUCAGUACCAAAGGCGGAUCCAUACCGAAUCCGAUGCGGUCAUGGGCGGAGUCUGGGCUGCCGAAGCGUCUACUCGAUGUUGUGGACGCGGUGGGUUACGCCGAACCCUCAGCGGUGCAACGCGCAGCUAUACCCAUUGCUAUGCAGAGUCGAGAUCUGAUUGGUGUCGCUGUUACCGGUUCUGGUAAAACUGCUGCUUUCUUGCUGCCGUUGCUCGUCUACAUCUCAGAACUGCCGGCGCUGAACGAAGUCACGAAGAAUGACGGUCCGUACGCAAUCAUUCUUGCACCGACCCGUGAACUUGCGCAGCAGAUCGAGCUUGAGGCGAAGAAGUUCGCUACGCCAUUAGGCUUCACUUGCGUGUCACUAGUCGGUGGCCAUUCGAUCGAAGAGCAAUCGUACAACAUGCGCGACGGUGCGGAGAUCAUCAUCGCCACGCCUGGUCGUCUCGUCGACUGCAUUGAACGGAGAGUGCUGGUGCUCAGCCAGUGCUGUUACGUUAUUAUGGACGAGGCGGACCGCAUGAUCGAUCUCGGCUUCGAGGAGCCCGUGAAGAAGAUCCUCGACGCCCUGCCUGUCUCCAAUCAAAAGCCGGACACUGAUGAUGCGGAGAACGCGAUGGUCAUGUCACAGCAUCUUGGCGGGAAGGACAGGUAUCGGCAGACGAUGAUGUACACUGCCACCAUGCCCCCAGCGGUUGAGCGCAUAGCCCGCAACUACCUUCGACGACCUGCAAUCGUAACCAUCGGGAAUAUUGGCGAGGCAGUCGACACGGUUGAACAGCGCGUCGAGUUCAUCUCGGGCGAAGACAAGCGCAAGAAGCGCCUGAACGAAAUCCUUAGCAGUCGCGAGUUCACACCACCGAUCAUCGUCUUUGUCAACAUCAAGCGCAACUGCGACACUGUCGCUCGCGACAUCCAGAAGAUGGGUUACAGUUCCGUCACACUACACGGCUCCAAGACACAAGACCAGAGAGAAGCCGCCCUCGCGUCCCUACGCAACGGCACAACCGACGUCCUCGUCGCCACCGACUUAGCCGGUCGUGGUAUCGACGUGCCGGAUGUCUCACUCGUCGUCAACUUCAACAUGGCCACCAACAUCGAGUCGUACACGCACAGAAUCGGUCGUACGGGUCGUGCGGGCAAGCAAGGUGUUGCCAUCACUUUCCUGGGCAAUGAGGACUCGGAUGUACUGUAUGAUCUCAAGCAGAUGAUCUCGAAAUCGAGUAUCUCGAGGGUGCCGGAGGAAUUGAGAAGGCAUGAGGCCGCGCAGCAGAAAGCGAGGGGAAAGGGGCAGGCGCAGUUGGCGGAUUCGGGCAGUCAUGCUGGGAAGGGAGGGUGGGGAUAG